AUGAAGAUUCUUUCCAUAGAUUUAGGAAGUUAUAAAACAGUAUUAGCAUCAUCAGACACAUCAGCCGGUGAAGUUAUUCUGAAUGAAACCGGAGGAAGAAGCACUAAAAUGGCAAUAGACUAUAGAAACAAAACAAGAAUAUUUGGAAACGUCAAUGUCUCCUGCAAAGACAGAGAGCAGGUAGCAGAAAGCAUAAGAAGUGAAAUAGAUGCUCUUGCAGAUGAGAUGAAAAAAAAGGGAACUGAAAAGGUAAAUAUACCGCGCAAGUCCCAUGUAUACGCGCUCUUAAACCAUGUAAUUACACACUAUGCAACUACAAAGGGGGUUUCUAUAAACCAGCUAGAAAUAGAGAUAAUAGUGCCAGAAACAUACACACAGCUGCAUAAGAAUAUUCUUAUUAAAAUACUUGAACUGAUCAACCCAAAGAUGGAAGUGCAGUGCAUUUCAGACUCAGUUGCACUAUGCGCCUACUAUGCAAGUAAAAGACCAUCAGAGGAAACAACCCCCGUGGUAUUUGUUGAUGUAGGGCACAGUAAGUCCACCCUCACUGCUGCAUAUAUAAAAAAUGAAGAAAUAACCAUCGUAAAGAAGGCCACACUAAAUGUAGGAGGACAGACAAUAACAAAGCAUCUUAUAAAAAAGAUAUACAACGGAGUUGACAAAAGCACACCGGAGCUUUUUACCCAGGAAGAGUUCACCAUACGAAACUUAAAGAAGAUAGAGUGGAUAAAGGCCGCUAUAUUAGGACUUACUUCUGUUACCACCCAGGUGGAUGUAUCAUACGAUCGGUCAAUUGACGUAACUAUAAGAAAAGAUGAUAUAGAAGAGGUGGCAGGGGCCUUUGCAGAGCUAGGGCCUAGAGUACAGGAUAUGAUAAAUACUCUUAAUAGCACAAGCAGUGAACAGGAGGUGAAUAUAGAAAUGACUGGAGGAUCAUCCAAAAUAUUCUUUAUUGAAGAAACCAUACGAAAUAUUAUUGGAAAAAAGCCUAAUGUGCAUUUAAAUGCCGAUGAAUCAGUAGCUCUAGGAGGUGUAUACAGAAGGCUUAUGGAGAGCCCAUUCCACCGAUUUAGAUAUGACCCUGUGAUCAGAGACACUAUUUCUUAUUCCUACAAUAUAGUAAUACUGAACAAUGGCGCUGCGCCGAGAACUAUAAUGGUAUUUAAGGAGGGGGCAUCAUUUGUAAAAGACAAGAAGCUGAAGAUAGUUGGAAAGAAGCAUGAUUCAUCGAUAGUUUUAGAGCAAUGCCCAAGGAAAACUGUACAGAUUACAAAAAUAACAGAGACCAGCCAAAUUAUUCUUGUAUCUGGAAACUGCCCGGUGUACUUAUUAAAGCUCAAAGAACCAGCAGCUGCAGAGCCAUCAGAGGAUGAUAAGGAGGCGCCCAAGAAGCCCAAAAACACAGACAUUCAGAGAACAGUUAAAAUGAUUAUGUCUUUAACAUCGGACGGCGGUGUUGAAAUAUCCUCAGAGGAUAUAGAAAUGGUCAACAUGGUUGACACGCUGAACACUGCCUCUUUAAAGAAUGCAGAGGACACUUAUUUAAGCAAAGAACGUGCUAUAAGAGAGAUAGAGGCCAAGAUUAAUACAAUACAGGCGGGUAUAUACAAUGCAAUUGAACUUUUAUCUGACAGCUUGGCAUGCCUUCCAUCUGCAGAAAAAGUAACAGAAAGCCUUUGGGAGUACUCACAGACUAUUGAGACCAUGGCAUCAACUGCAAAAAGUAUGCAAGAGGUAAUUGCUUUUGAAGAAGGACUUGACAAAGGCAUUUCUUUAGAAGGUGAGUGGGCAGAGCACAUAAGAAAACACAUUGCAAUUCAAAUGGAGAAGUAUAGUGUUGAGUUAAGGCCACUUCCAUAUCCAGGAAUCAUUAAUCUUUACAAUGUAAACGCCCGAAUACAGUCUGAAACACUUAAGGAGUUAGAAAGAAAGGAACGGCAGAGGCAGUAUGAGGAAGAGCGGAAAAAGCGCGAGGAAGAAAGGCAGCGACGGAUUGUAGAGCAGGCAAAGAUGGCAGAGCAGGAAGCACAAGCUGAUGCAAACGAGCAAAAGGUCCAAGAAGAAAACCAACAGCCAGGCAAGUAGCAAAUAGAAG